UGACGUCUGUCGGUACCUCCUGGUUGCAUCCAUUGGGGAUAAUCUUUUCCUGGGAUGUACAGGCCCUUUGUAUUUCUAAGACGUGUGGUCCCUGCUCGCUGUUGUUUGCUCCCCGACCUCUUCGCCCACGCCUAACGCCUUCGACACACAAUACCAUCAUCUCUCACGCAAAGCAUAGCAACCAGACGUCAAGAUGGCCGCAGUCGAGAGCAAGUUUGAUCCCAAGGACAUGGAGUUCCGCCACCUCGGUCCCACUGGUCUCAAGGUCUCCGUCCUAUCUCUGGGAGGUUGGUUGACCUAUGGAGGUACUCAAAAGGGCAAUGUUGUCAAGGACUGUAUGGAGGCUGCAUGGAAUGCUGGCAUCAACUUCUUCGACACUGCCGAGAUCUACUCCAAUGGCCAAUGCGAGAUUGAGAUGGGCCAAGCUCUCAAGGAGCUUGCCUGGCCGCGCGACGAAUAUGUCCUCAGCACCAAGGUGUUCUUCGGCACCGGACGCAAGGAGCCAAACACUCGAGGGCUAUCGAGAAAGCACGUUGUGGAAGGUCUCAAGAGUUCGCUUGCCCGUCUCCAACAGCCAUACGUUGAUAUCGUGCUUGCCCACCGACCUGAUGUUGGCACCCCGAUGAAGGAAAUCGUGGAAGGUUUCACUCAGGUCAUUCGCAACCUCAACAUGGCCUACUACUGGGGAACCUCAGAGUGGUCAGCCGUGCAGAUCAUGGAGGCCACCCAGAUUGCCGAGAAGUACAACCUCAUUGCGCCAAUUGCCGAACAGCCACAAUACAACGCCUUCCACCGACAGCGCUUCGAGGUGGAAUAUGCGCCACUCUACCAACAGUUCCAGUACGGUACUACAAUCUGGUCUCCACUUGCAUCCGGUCUGCUUACCGGCAAGUACAACGACGGCAUUCCAGAAGACUCGCGUUUUGCCACGAACAAGGCCUUCUUCGAGGGUACCAUCAAGAGCUUGCAAAGUGAAGAGGGCAAGGCGAAGAUCAACAAGGUCCGCAAGCUCACUGAGAUUGCCGAAAAGCUUGGUGGCAAUGUGGCGCAGCUUUCUCUUGCCUGGUGUGUGAAGAAUCCCAAUGUGUCGACGGUCAUUCUGGGAGCCACCAAGGUCGCGCAGAUCGAGGACAACAUCGGCGCGCUCAAGCUUCUGCCGAAGCUUACUCCCGAUGUUAUGGCAGAUAUAGAGGCAAUUCUGGACAACAAGCCUGCAGCACCAGCUUCAUUUGGCCGAGAGCGGUAGAAGAACGCAGAGAGAUGACUUAUGAAUGACUGAAUGCCGUCCAUGGUUUGAGUAGAUAAUCAAAAUGUCAGAAUUGAAGCAAUGCUGCUCAGGCUUCCUCGCCAUCUUUGCCGUCACAUGUGUCGAGAGAGGUUC